UUUCCCCUUUGCAUGUCUAUGAUAACCUUAUUUUCCCACGUCUUUCUUCCAUUUCUUCCUUUCCCGGAAAAAAACUGCAAACUUUCUUUCCCGGGAAAAUUUUAAAAACUCAAGCUUGGAACUUUCCUUUCCUUUCUCGGAAAAAAGCUACAAACUUUUUUUCCCGAAAAAUGUUAAACUCAAGCUCCCUGAUUUUCUUCCUCCUCAGCCUUUACCUCAAUCUUUCAUCACUACAAAUCCUUUCAUUAUCAGAAUCAAACUACAAACGACCAGAAAAGUACUUCAUAGCUUGCGGAUCCAAAACCAACAUCACCACCAAAGAUAGCCGAACCUUCAUCGGAGACAGAACAAAAACAUUUUUUAUCUCAACAGGGCAAAGCAAACCCAUUAUUAACACUGAUGAAACCUCAAACGACAUGUCGUUUCUCUACAAAACGGCAAGAGUUUUCGAAACCCCAUCGUCGUAUGAGCUCGAAGUUGACAAGAAAGGUACUUACAUGGUACGCCUUCAUUUCUACUCAUUUCCCUCUGAAUUCAAUCUCUCCCAAGCAGUUUUCGAUGUUGUGGCAUCUGGGUAUUCUUUAUUAUCCAAUUUUAGUGUAAGAAAAAGUAGUAAUCGACCAAUUGAAGAGUUUAUUCUUCCAAUUAAAAAGGAAAGAUUCAAACUUUACUUUCACCCAUUAAAGAACUCACCUUUAGCUUUUGUAAACGCCAUAGAAGUCUUUCUUGUCCCUGAAGAAGAUCUUCUCCCAAACUCUGCUCAACUAAUCACUUCAGAUGGUGAAAGGGGUAAUCAAAGUAAUUUGGUUUCUUUGGUGUACCGUACAAUCCAUAGAGUCAAUGUUGGGGGUGACAAUAUCACAUCAGAGAGUGAUUUGCUAUGGAGGACAUGGUUAGAAGAUGAUGGUUUUCUCAUAAACCCAAAAGCUACAAAGAAGAGUGAGUAUUAUGAUGGCAAAGUCAACUUUUUGAGUGGUGGGUCAACUAAGUAUAGUGCACCAGAAUAUGUUUACAGAACAGGAAGAGAAUUGAAUAUUGAAGCUAAUUUCUUUAAUGCAACUUGGGCUUUUCCUGUGAGUAAGACUGCUAUGAAAUAUCUAGUUAGAGUUCACUUAUGUGAUAUUGUUGGUAAAAGUCUUAGUAUGUUUGAUUUCAAUCUCUUUAUUUACAACAAGUUUAUUAAGACCAUUGAUGCUUAUGAUGAGAUUGGAAAUUUGCAAUCUCCAUUUCAUCUUGAUUAUGUUGUUGACACAAAUGGUUGUGGAUAUAUCAAUAUAAGUAUUGUUUUAGGGGCUGAAAAUAACUGGUCUAGUGUGCCUAAUGCUUACUUGAAUGGAGUUGAGAUUUUUGAGAUUGUGAAGAUUUCUAGCCUUGUUGUUUUGGAAAGUGAAGAGAGACAAAAUGGUUUGGUGUUUGGUUUGGGAUUAUGUUUUGCUUUUGUGGUCAUUAUAGGGAUAUUAGUAAAUACCAAGAUAGUCUCUUUUGAGUUCCUUUACAGAGGAAUGAGUUCAGAUUGGUCUAAAAUUGAUGAGGUAGAAUGUGCUUUGAGAAGAAGAGAUGGUGUUGAAGACAAUACUAGUGUUACUUAACAGUUCUUUUGAAUUGGCUUUUCCAACUGUUGAAGAUGAUGAUGAUGCUUUCAUUUGAGUGCUCAUGAUCCAAACAAAGAAAGCAUGGUUUUGAAAGGUAGCUUUGGCUAUUCUCUCAACCCAAGAAGGAAAAUGUAAGCUUGGCUAAAUGGGGAAUGGAGUAUUAGAGAAAA